AUGUCUGGUCCAGUAGCGCGACUGGCUGGCCUCAAGGUCGGCCCUGCGCAGUCCGAACCCAGUGGUGAUUUUGGUCUCAUUGGCCUUGCGGUCAUGGGUCAGAACUUGAUCUUGAACGCUGCCGACCAUGGUUUCACUGUCGUUGCCUUCAACCGAACCGUUUCCAAGGUCGACCGUUUCCUCGAAAAUGAGGCCAAGGGCAAAUCCAUUGUCGGAGCCCACUCGAUCGAGGAAUUCGUCUCCAAGCUCAAGAAGCCCCGCCGUAUGAUGCUCUUGGUCAUGGCCGGUCCUGCCGUCGACGACUUCAUUGAGAAGUUGCUCCCUUACUGCGACAAGGGUGAUAUCAUCAUUGACGGUGGAAACUCCCACUUCCCGGACAGCAACCGCCGCACAAAAUACCUUGCAGAGAAGGGCAUUCGCUUCGUUGGAACUGGUGUGUCCGGCGGUGAGGAGGGUGCCCGGUAUGGUCCCUCUCUGAUGCCUGGUGGUAACGAGGAGGCCUGGCCCUACAUCAAGGACAUCUUCCAGAGCAUCGCUGCCAAGUCCGACGGUGAACCCUGCUGCGACUGGGUCGGUGAUGAAGGUGCUGGACACUAUGUCAAGAUGGUCCACAACGGUAUCGAGUACGGUGACAUGCAACUGAUUUGCGAGGCCUACGACAUUAUGAAGCGUGGUCUCGGAAUGAGCUACCAGGAAAUGGGUGACGUCUUCGCGGAAUGGAACAAGGGCGUUUUGGAUUCGUUCCUCAUUGAAAUCACCCGCGACGUCCUCCGCUUCACCGACGAUGACGGCAAGCCACUUGUCGAGAAGAUUCUUGACUCUGCUGGUCAAAAGGGUACCGGCAAGUGGACUGCCAUCAACGCUCUGGAUCUCGGCAUGCCUGUCACUCUGAUUGGCGAGGCUGUCUUCGCUCGUUGCCUGAGUUCCAUCAAGGACGAGCGUACCCGUGCUUCCCAGCGAAUUGAAGGCCCCAAGCCCUCGUUCACGGGAGACAAGGCUGCGUUCCUCAAGAACCUUGAGCAGGGUCUCUAUGCCUCCAAGAUCAUUUCAUAUGCCCAGGGUUUCAUGCUGAUGCAGACUGCUGCCAAGCAGUACGGCUGGAAACUCAACAAGCCAUCCAUUGCCCUCAUGUGGCGUGGUGGUUGUAUCAUUCGAUCUGUCUUCUUGAAGGACAUCACCUCUGCUUACCGUGCUGACCCUGACCUGGAAAACCUGCUCUUCAACGAUUUCUUCAACAAGGCCAUCCACAACGCUCAAGAGGGCUGGAGAGACGUGAUCGCAUUUGCCGUCAAGUCUGGAAUCCCCAUGCCCGCGUUCAGCACCGCCUUGGCCUUCUUCGACGGCUACCGCACAAAGGACCUCCCCGCCAACUUGCUCCAGGCUCAGCGUGACUACUUCGGUGCCCACACCUUUGUGAUCAAGCCCGAGUAUGCCAACGCGAAAUACCCCAAGGGCGAGCACGUCCACGUCAACUGGACUGGCCGUGGUGGCAACGUCUCUGCUUCCACCUACAAUGUCUAG